CAGUAGGAUCGAGAAGACACAUGACAUGUACUAGAAACCGGAGUGCGUGUUAGAGCCUCUCUGAGAUCGGAGCAACUCAAGUAUGCCAGGGAACGACACCCUAGUAAGCGGCCCUGUCUCGGCGACCCCGUUUCCCGGCGCGGGCCCCUGUAACGUGUCCUUCGAGGACAGCAGAGUGGUCCUGGUGGUGGCGUACAGCGUCGUGUGCCUGCUGGGCUUCCCGGCCAACUGCCUGACGGCGUGGCUGACGCUGCUGCAGGCGCGGCAGGGCAACGUGCUGGCGGUCUAUCUGUUCUGCCUGGCGCUGUGCGAGCUGCUCUACAUCGGCACCCUGCCCCUCUGGGUCGUCUACAUCCGGAACCAGCACCGCUGGACCCUGGGCCCGUGGGCCUGCAAGGUGACGGCCUACAUCUUCUUCUGCAACCUGUACGUCAGCAUCCUCUUCCUGUGCUGCGUCUCCUGCGACCGCUUCGCGGCGGUGGUGUAUGCCCUGGAGACCCGAGGCCGCCGCCACCAGAGGACCGCCUUCCUCAUCUCGGCGUCCGUCUUCCUCGUCGUCGGCCUCAUCCACUACCCGGUGUUUGAGAUGGAAGACGGGGACACCUGCUUCGAGACGCUGCCCACCAACACCAGGGUCGCCAGCUACUGCUACUCCCGCUUCGCCGUGGGGUUCGCCGUCCCUCUCUCCGUCAUCGCGUUCACCAACCAGCGGAUCUUCAGGAGCAUCAAGCUGAGCACGGGCCUGAGCGCCGCCCAGAAGGCCAAGGCGAAGCGCCUGGCCAUCGCGGUGGUGCUCAUCUUCCUGGUCUGCUUCGCGCCCUACCACCUGGCGCUCCUCGUCAAGGCCGUCGCCUUUUCCUACUACAAGGGAGACCCGGGCUCCAUGUGCGCCUUCGAAGCCAACCUGUACACGACCUCCGCGGUGUUCCUGUGCCUGUCCACGGCCAACGGCGUGGCCGACCCCAUCAUCUACGUGCUGGCCACGGGCCACUCGUGGCAAGAGGUGUCCAGGAUCCACAGGGAAUGGAGGAAGUGCUCCGCGAGGACAGAUGUUGUCAAGCUCACGUGUUCCAAGGACUCAGAGGAGGCGCCCCUGCCCACGACGCUCACUAACGGCCACACGAUCCCCAGGAUCGUCGAGCCCCCGGAGCCACAGCCGCGUGCGUGGGGCUCACCGUGCGCCUUGGAGAGGCCGGGCGAAGAGUCCUGUUGAGCCCGCGUGGGAGCCCAGGAGCGGUGGUGCGGCCUCCCCGUCCGCCGAGCUUGCCAAUGAGUGCCCGCGGCGCUGGCCGAGAAGCCCCCCUCUGGGAAACCUGCCAGGAUCUCUCGUUCCUGGAGCCACGCUCUCCGUCGGCCCAUCGGGGUCCCGGCCCUCCCCCCCAGGCUCCCCCCGCCCGGGCCGACACAGGAGGCGGCUCACCCAGGCGGUGCGUGGCUGGCAGGCCGGCCUCUUCGUCCACACGCAUCCCGGCCGGCUCACCCGGCCACUACCAAACAGCAGGGCUGUGGUCAGGGGC